AUGGCCUCCGCCGCAGGGGAGGAGGGGACUGUGCGGUUCGGGAUAAUUGGGUGCGCGAUGAUAGCCAGGAAGCUGUCGCGGGCUAUCGGGCUGGCCCCCAACGCGGCCGUCGUCGCCGUCGGCAGCCGCUCCCUGGAGAAGUCCCGCCGCUUCCUCUCCGACAACGGCCUCGACGCCGCCGCCGUCGCCGCCUACGGUAGCUACGAGGAGGUCCUCUCAGACCCGCGCGUGGACGCCGUCUACCUUCCCCUCCCCACCAGCCUCCACCUGCGCUGGGGGGUGGCGGCGGCGGCGAGCGGGAAGCAUCUCCUCCUGGAGAAGCCGGCGGCGCUCUGCGCCGCCGACCUCGAUGAGAUCCUCGCCGCCUGCGACGCCGCCGGAGUCCAGUUCAUGGAUUCCACCAUGUGGAUGCACCACCCCCGCACCGCCGCCAUGAGGGAGCUCCUCUCCGACCCCGUCCGCUUCGGCAAGCUCAGAACGGUACGAACACUCGAUUCAUACUCCCCGAGAGAGGAAAAUUUUCGAAAUCUGACAAGAUUUAAUUAAUAUUUCUUGAUUAUCUAUCACGAAUCCGGAUUCCUCGUCGUCGAAUUUCCCUGACGAUGUUUCCUCUCGACGUUUAGCCCAAAUCGUGUCAAUUUAGUUCGCUGCCGAAAUCUGAUCGAUCGAAAUCUUCCGUAUGAUCGAAAUCUUCUGUCGAACCGAUGAAUGCAAGUCUUCUUCAUCCGGCUGCGCGAUUACUCCCAAACCCUCGUCGUCAAAUGGGUCGAUCUAAUUCGCAGGAGUAAUCUCGUCGAUCGAGCUUCUGUAUGAUGAUGAUGAUUCAUGGGUUCGAUUCUGUCGAUAGACGUUGUUCAUUCUAGUCUUCCUCUUCUUCUUCUUCCCCAUCAUCAUCAUCUUCUUCUUCUGCGGCGGGCAGGUGAACAGUAUCUUCACCUUCGUCGCAGGCCCAAGCUUCCUGGAGAACGACAUCCGGGUGAAGCCCGAGCUGGACGGGUUGGGGGCGCUGGGAGACGUGGGCUGGUACUGCAUCCGCGGCAUCCUCUGGGCGGUCGACUACGAGCUGCCGGAGUCGGUGGUGGCGCUCCGCCACCCGGUCACCAACGCCGCCGGUGUCAUCCUCUCCUGCGGCGCCUCCCUGGUCUGGAAGGACGGCCAAACCGCGACCUUCCACUGCUCCUUCCUCGCCAACAUGACGAUAGAGCUCACGGCGGUGGGCUCCGCCGGCACGCUGCACGCCGGCGACUUCGUCAUCCCCGCGGAGGAGCGUUCCGCCGCCUUCUCCUUCUCCUCCUGCGCCGAGUUCUCCGACCUCCACACCAGCUGGGGGCCGCUGCCCAGCCGGCACGUCGUGAGCUCCGGCCUGCCGCAGGAGGCGCAGAUGGUGGCGGAAUUCUCGAGGCUCGUCGGUGGCAUCAGGGGGGCGGGGGGGAAGCCGGAGAAGAAGUGGCCCGAUAUCACGAGGAAGACCCAGCUGGUGGUGGACGCCGUGAAGGCGUCCAUCGAGAGAGGGUUCGAGCCCGUAGUCGUCGGCAGCUGA